AAUGUUUGUUCUGUUGUUUCAAAAUGAACAAAAAACAAUAAAAGAAAAAAGGUAAAAAAAAAGGUGAGAAAUGAUCUGGGGUGCCACCAUUUAAACUGUCACCUGCAUGUCACGCUGUACUAUGCAAUUUCCUUAUAUUCUGCAGCUUUGACAGAUUUCAACUGAGUCCCGCCCCCCACCCUGGAAGACAGACAGGUAAUACAACCAAUAGAAACACGAGUUUUCAGUAGCAGACCCCGCCUUCACAUGACGGACGUGAGUUUGAGCCAAUCAGCAACCUCGGCGUCGUGCCUCCCAAACCGGAAACGGAUUUCCGAACCAAGGAGUAGCAAGAAUACUUUGUUUACGUCCCCGUUGGUUAGCUGACAGCUGUUGUUGUAGCGCUAAAAAGCCGUGUCUGCGUGUCUCUGGUGGUCGCCUGGAGCUUCGUGUACUUCAUCCCGGUUGUUGUGGAGGUCGUGGAUGUGAUGUUUUGUUGAAUGAGCCGCUAGAUGCCCGACAGGAGGAUGAACUCCAUCACCGGUCGGGUCCUCGCCAUCCCCGCCGCUUCUGUCACCAACUCUGGAGCUUCAUCCUCCAGAGCCUUACACGUAGAGCUCACCUCCCAGCAGAGACGAUUGCGUCACCUCCGGAGCAUCGCCGCCAGAAACAUUGUCAACAAGAAUGGUUCCCCACUGCUGGACACUUACUUCACCCUCCACCUCUGCAUAGGAGAUCGCAUAUCUAGAGAUUUUUACAAGAGUGAAGUCAUACGAGACUCGCUGAAUCCAACUUGGCGGAGCCUGGACUUUGGCAUGCUGCCGGACCUUCUGGACACCUCAGUGUCUUGCUUCGUGGUGAGGAUCUGGGGAGGACAGGAGGAACAGUACCAGCUCCUCAUAGAAUGGAGGGUCAAUCUGGAUGGCCUCAGAUACACGGGACAGCAGAUUCGAUCCAGGAAUCCAAAUGAGAUAAUAUUUGGAUUGAAUGAUGGCUACUAUGCAGCUGACUUUGAUCUCAAGGACCAGUCGGAGCGGAAGAAAAACAGUCUGCUUCAGGUCGACCAGAGUUCAGUCAGGAACUCCUACAGUGUGUUCUCUUUGCUCAGGCUUCACACGGCCCAGAGAGCCAUCAAGCAGACCCAAGUGACGGUGCAGAAGAUUGGGAAGGAGAUCGAGGAGAAGCUCCGGACGACUGCGACAUGCACAGAGCGGAAGAAGGAGCGAGAGUGCAUGCAGCUGCGUAUAGCUGUGCUGCGUAGUGAACUGCAGCGGCAGAGGAAGGCGCUUGGCAGGGAGAUAGACCUGCGGCAGAAGGAGAGAGCGCAGCUUCAGAAGAAAGAGGAAGCAUUCUCCGCUCAGCACGAGUGUCUGAAGGAGGAGAAAGAAUCCUUAACCAAGCUGCAGAAGGAAUGCACCGCCAAGAGAGAGCAGUUCCUCAAGUCCAACGCCCAGCUCACCUUCCGCUGUCGUCAGCUCCUCUCCGAGCUCUCCUACAUCUACCCCAUUGAUGUGGCUAAUCAGUCAGAUUAUGUCAUCUGCGGAGUGAAGCUGCCAAACUCGGAAGACUUUCAAGCAAUCACUUGUUCCCAUAAGGUGGAGGCCUGUGUCUGCUUCUGCCUCCCAGUCCUGCAUAGGUGGACACCUGGCACAAGGGAUGAUGGGAGCGUGGCAGUCGCCCUGGGUUACACGUCACACCUGGUCCUGAUGAUCUCGUGCUUCCUGCAGAUCCCUCUUCGGUAUCCGGUGAUCCACAAGGGUUCACGCUCCUCAAUCAAGGACACCAUCACUGACCGACUCACUGAGAAGGAGAGAGAAUUCCCUUUGUACCCGAGAGGAGAGCGCUUUCAUUUUGAAUAUGGAGUCUACUUACUCAACAAGAACAUUGCCCAGCUGAGAUAUCAACAUGGCUUGACCACCCCAGACCUGCAGCAGACGCUACCCAACCUGAAGAACUUUCUGGAGCAUGGCCUGCUGGUGCGAUGUGACAGACACCAUGUCUCCAGCUCCAUCCCAGUGCCGGCCAAGUCUCAGCUUGGUGUGUCUGCUGCCUCAGAGAUAGGCUACCCCAGCCACACCAGCUCCCCGGACCGAGGCCUGAGAAAAAGGGCGAGCUCGGAGGCCGAUAAGUACAAGUCCACUCCUCCACCCAGCUACAACACAGCCAUGGGUGAAGAGCAGCCCCCGGUUGGCCUGGCACCGCCCUCGCCUUCAUCCAAACACCUAUCCUCCUCCCUUGAUGCCGGCAUGGCCUCACUUAACUUGACCAAGACCGCGGAGUCCAACGAAGAGGGAGAGCAGAAGGAGGAGAGCGAGGAGACAGCGGUGGAGGUGGAGGUGGAGGUGGAGGUGGAGAGACCCAGAAGCAUUGACGGAGAGGUUGAAGUACAUAAAGAAGAAGAGUCUGAGGAGCAGCCACCCAGUAGCUCCGUUGCGCCUAACUCUUCUACGGUGCAGGAAACUGGUGAGGAAACGGUGCCGACUAGUCAGCACACAGGGUCCAUGAACGGCUCUUUGGUACCAGGACAGGCGCUUGUCGGCCUGGCCCCGGAGCUGCGCUGCUCUGUGGAGCAAGCUGAGGAGAUCAUGGGCACGGAGGCCACCGGUUUAGGUUUGGGUUUGGGAUUGGGGCUGGCAGACGAGGCCCGGAUGGAGGUCUACCACUGCAUCCCUGUGGACCACGCUGUAGCUGUGGAGUGUGACGAACAGGUGCUGGGAGAGCUGGACGUCGCUGGCUUUGAGGAGUUCUCCAGGCGCAUCUAUGCACUAAACGAGAACAUGUCCAGCUUCCGCAGGCCGCGCAAGAACUCAGAUAAGUGAGGACUUAAGGAGAGAGGGAGGCAUGAAAAAACUUGCACAGUGGGGUUUGGACAAAUACAAGGCAGGGACAUGAGGACAAGGGUGGGGUCUCCACUUCCUUAUCGCAGCAUCACAAAUCAUAUGAGCUAUUCUGGAAUAACGACCAAUUUGCACUUAUUGUAAACAUUUCCAUAGUAAUCAUUUCAAGGAAAUACAGUUAACAGUGCAAGUAUUGGGACAGUAAGCUUUACUUUUAUUUUUGAUGCCAACAUUAAUAUAUUUUUUAACAAUGGAUGGAACAAUGAAUCAUUAUUCAGACAUUUUUUAUUCACAAAAUAAUUUGGCCUCAGCGAUAACUGUUGCCUUCAUGAAUUAGAAUCACUCAUUGUAGUCUGUUGUUCCAUAACGGGACCAUUAAUGUAAAAUGACAAAACAUGUGCAUCACUUGCACUUUGUUUUCAAACCCCUUACUGCAAUAACAGCCCUUAAAGGAACAGUGUGUAAAGACCCAGACACACCAACCCGACAUCAAAGAACUAGCAGCGACAAAGGCCACUAGUUGUGUCGCCUCAAUUCGCCUUUGUCUUGGCCAAAAAGUUGCACUCGAACAGCACAUACGUUCUCACCACUCUCACUCACCGCUUAGCUUCAUUCCAGACGGCCAUGUCGUUGUGAAAAUAGGAAAAACGAGAAGA